CACAGUGUGUCCUGCCUUGGUCCUUUGAAACAGAAUGGACAGUGAGCAAAAGGUCAAAGCUGUUGUUGCUGGUUGCAUAUGUACAGGGCCACUACUGCCAAGAGACCCUUAAGAAGAUCACAUCAUAAAAUAUGGCAAAAUGCUUGGUCAAGAUCAGGACUCAAAGAAGCCUUCAUUUGCACAUGAUUAACCACUGCAGCAGUAAUGUGUUUGUCCGUCUGCUGAAACAUGGCUCCAAGGUCAUACCUCGAAAUGCUGGUGUCCCAUUAUCUAAAGUGGAUGCUUCUGAGGGCAUGGUUGCCAGGUCACCAGCGAAAGGAGCUCGGAGUGCAGAUUCUCAGAGUAAAGAGAAAGAUAAAGUAAAAGAAGAGCCCUCGAUCCUCUCUGAACUAGCAUACAAUCCCAGCACCAGCCUGCUCCCUACCCCAGUGGAUGAUGAUGAAGUAGAAAUGCUCUUUGACUGUCCAUCUAGGUUUGUGUUAGAAAGAGAAGACACGGAUUCAUUUGAGGAACUUGAAGCCGAUGAAAAUGUCUUUUUGAUGGCUGAAGAGGAGAAGCUGAAGGAAGCUCGCCAAGCUUUGUCAUGGAGCUAUUCCAUCCUGACCGGCCGUAUCUGGCUAAACCCCCUGGUCAAGCGUUGCUCCAGGCUCCUUGUGGUGGGCUUGGGAUUGCUUCUGUUUGUAUUUCCCCUCCUCCUCCUCUUUUUGGAGUCAGUUCCUGUCUCUAUGCCAUAACUAGAGUCAGCAGGACCUGCAUAUGUUGGACCCAUCCAAGAUUUGUUUUCCACAUUCCAGCUUCAGUCUCUGACUGGGAAGAGAAGUUCAUGAGUAAGUCCAGGGGAGCUCAACUGUCAUCACUUCAGAGAGGAAGAAAGAAAAACCAUUUGGGCCUCAGGCUUCAGCUGUAUUCACCCAUCCUCCAGUAAAUCCAAUUUGAACCUUC